UAUCGGCGCAGCAGGCGGAGCCUGCCACCCCCGCUACCUGUGGCACUUUCCAGACGUCAGGAAUAUUCCAGGACAACAAACUCCAGGUCCAGUUCCUGCUCUACACCCCCCGAAACCCCACCUGCGGACAGGCCAUCCACAUCAACCAAUCUGGGAGCAUCGAGCGCUCCAUGUUCAACUCUUCUCUGGAAACCAAAAUCAUAAUUCACGGGUUCAGGGUCCUAGGUACAAAGCCGUCCUGGACUGAAAACUUGGUAGAGGCAUUGCUUGGCGCUGGGGCAGCAAACGUGGUGCUGGUAGACUGGGUGUCCGGCUCCACUGCUAAAUAUUCCCAAUCCGUGGAGAACGUGCCGAAGCUCAGCUCGUUGUUGGUGGCGCUUAUAAAACGCUUUUUGGACCUCGGAUCCACCUUGGAGUCUCUCCACUUAAUUGGGGUGUCUCUGGGGGCCCAUGUGGCCGGCAGCAUCGGCGAGCAUUUUGGUGGACAAAUUGGAUGGAUCACAGGUCUGGAUCCAGCGGCGUAUCAGUUCACAAGGACCCACCCGGAGGACAGGCUGGACUCUGGAGAUGCUCUGUUUGUGGAUGCCGUUCACACCGAUACUGACAACUUCGGCAUCCGCAUCCCCGUAGGUCACAUCGAUUACUUCAUUAACGGAGGCCGAGACCAGCCGGGCUGUCCAUCCCUCACCAACCUGUACCAAUAUCUCAUCUGCGACCACAUGAGGUCGGUCGCCGUGUUCAUCAGUGCGGUGCGCGGAAAGUGCUCCUUCGUUGGCUUUCCUUGCUCCACCUACAAAGAGUUCCAGGAAGGUCUGUGCGUGGACUGCGAGACCCCAAAACUGUCAUCGUGUCCACGUUUAGGGAGGAAGGACGGUCUUAUUAUUCCAGGAGAAUUUGAAUUCCAAAACUUUAUAUCUAAUUCACAAAACUACACCAGUACAGUCGGCUACAAGACCCAGGAACCCCCCAAAGAAAUUCAGCUUUUCCUGCUCACCACGCCGGAGGAGCCAUACUGCACUCAUCACAUCUUGCUGGAGUUCACCUUGUCUAAGCCGAAAGCCAUCAGCAUCACCAUGGAGAUCCAACUGUACAGCGCCGAUUCCAGCCGCAGCAGCAAAACCAAAAUCACCAUACCAAAGGAGACACUGGAGGGCCGAGGCCUGGCUGCCCACGGGACCCGUCUAUGCCUCUUAGACAAGGUCCAGAUUCGAGUAUUGACCAAGAGCGGAUUUUGGAGAAGAGGGCCGGAAUUCACAGGG